CUUUAGUAAUCAAUAUGGCGCAUGUUGAUAAUAUGAUAAAUUGACAGCUUUGUUUUGUCUUGUACAAACGUACGUUGCGUUGUAAUGUAUCUUUCUCCAGCUCGGUAGAAACAAAUUUUAAAAAUGACUAGGCCCUUCGGCAAUAGUGAUAAACGUUUUUCUAUCGACGAUGCAUUCGAAGAGGAGACCGAUGAGGCUAUCAAAGUGUACGGCGCAACGGGCGAUCGGCCCUCCAUACAAAACAAAUUCAAAAAUGGAGGUGAUUACCUUUCUGGCAAAACUUAUAAAUGUACAGAAGAUACCACAUCGCGAGAUUCUGACUCUCUCAUCCAUGAAUAUGUAGAGGCCUCACAAUCUUUAUACUGCUGGAACCAUCCAAAAGUACGAGAGAACUGGAAAACUGUCUGUGCAGCUGUCAUACUCCUUCUUGUUGGAGUUGGACUUAUUGGCAUGGGCGUAUUUGCUGUUGCUGAGCCUGAAAACGGAUUACAGGGUGCAGUGUUUUUUGUAGCGGGUAUGAUUUGCUUUGUACCUGGCGCAUAUCACGUGGUCUACAUUUGGCUCGCCGCGAGGGGGCAGCGAGGUUACGACUUCUAUCACCUACCUUUAUUUACUUGAUUUGUUUCCCUAAAUUUAGUUUAGUUGUAUCAUUAAGCAAUAGAGAUGUAAAUGGCGUGUGAAAUUGACAGCGGGCUUUAUUGUGAAAUUGUGUGCUUGUUACAAUCAUUGCAAUUGUUUUCAUUGGCCAAGUAAAUAUGUGGCAGCAUAUUUAAACCAAAGUAGAGGAGCAAUUGGUAGUGUUUACUGUAACUACCCACACUGAAACUGUAUAUUUAAAACAAUAUUAAAACAGCAUUGGCUGAUGGGAACAACUAGGAACUAGCAAUGCAUCAAGUUUUGUCAAUAAAGACACUGAAUUAGUGAAUAACACAAUUGUGGAAAGAAUGACUUACAAACUUGCUCUCUAUAACCUUGUUACCUUAAAACCAUAUGACGGUAUACCUAACAUCAGUAAUGUUAAAAAAAAUAUAGCUAAAUGGGAAAAAAAUUUAACUAUUUCA